AUGGUGGAUGGCGAUCCCGCAUCUGAUAUCGCCCUCCCGUGGCAACUGACGCGCUCCGCCUACGUUGUCAACAUGCUAGAUGGGUUCUGGCGAGCUUACCUGCCAGAUGGGAAACGGCUAGAUCCUGGGCUGGGACAUCAUUCAACUUGGGGAAUGGUCAAAUCCAUGGAGCUCUUCCUGUCGCAGGGGGGCGUCGUAGGGAAAGCAGUAGCUGCUUUGUGCCUCGCCACUGUCGACUUGACAAAUAACAACCAGUGGAUGCGGCAGGAUAGUCUUCGUUACUAUAGUGAAGCUCUCCGCGAUAUGACUAUUGCUCUCAGUCAGCCGAGGAGGGACUGCGGAAUGGGCCUGGUCAGUGCCAUAAGGAUCUUCAGUAUCUAUGAGGUCAGAACCCCACAUCGACCUAAUCAACUUGCUCUUGACUGGCGACUUCUGAUACGUACAAAGUCUUAUUUCGUUGCUGUGAAUCCAGAGCCGUCCUCAAAACAGUCCCUUGGUUGGAUGACCCAUAUCACAGGCGAGAUUUCUUUAUUUCGUACUAACGACCCGAGUUACUAUGCAACGGGCGCAGCCCACCGGUUGUUUGUCGAUGAUAGGCUAUAUAUGAUCUCUAUAGCUCUACACGAGCGAAAACCUUCGUUUCUACGAGACGAGGCAUGGAAGACACUGCCGUGGAGCGUCGUUCCCAAGACACCGCGGGACCUUAUUCUUGACAUACUAGUCGAGGUGCCAACGGCUUUUGAAGCCGCUGACACGUACCAAACCAUGGCUUCUCGUGAACCGAUAACUGCCGAGGUACGUCGCCAAGAACUCGUGCAGUUCUGUCUAGGUCUGCACCUGCAGCUUGCCCGGUGGCACGCCGAUCAUCUCGCGGUCGUGCAGUGGGCGUCACAAGUCACGCCACUUUGGGAUAUGGACACCUCCACCCCGGCACCCAGCCAGCCUCACAUCGCCAUGCUGCAUGUCAUGACCUUGUACUGGGGAACAUCCUCCCUGAUCCACAGCAUCUUGCGUGCCACCCUCAAGGACGAUGAGCCACGGCCAUGUAACAUGAGUCCUGAAGUGUCCUGCAGCAAGAUCAUCGUCGCCCUCUCAAACUUGCUUCAUCCCAACAUCGGAUUAUUCCGCAUCCACCUGGUUACAAUUCCCCUGAGCAUUGUGAUGCUACAACUUCAAGACCCUUCCCUGCAACUUAAUGCGCUAUGCCACGAGAGGCGAUUGCUAGCUCGUUGUUUAGCACACCCAGGGUGCUCAAGUAUAUCCAAAUUUCUGAGCAAACUGGCUCAUUUACUUCAUUUUAAUGUUCGCUUGCAGACUACCGACCUUUGGGCUAGCGAAGUGCCUCCCAUUUCUUGA